GGAAGAGGAGAGGCAGAUCAUGGAGGAAGAGAAGCAAGAGGAGGUGGUGAAUCCAAAGGGAGAGAAGCAGGAGGCUGUGAGGGAGCUGAAGGGAGAUGAGAAACAGGAGGAUGUGGAGUCCAAGGAAGACAAGAGAAGGCAGAUGUUAAAGGAGGUGGAAGAAAUGAAGGAAAAAGAGAAGGAAGUGGAUGAAGAAAAACAAGCACAGUCAUCUCAUUUUAAAGUAGAGAUAAAAAACAGCCUCCUCUCGUCACCUCACCAUCAGAAUGACACAGAAAGCAAUGAGAAAGAGACACAAGGACAGAAGAGCUUGGAAUCUGUGCUCUCAGAAUCGUCCACACAGACUGAAAAGAAAGGGACUGAAGACCCACAGAUAGAAGAAGAGAAGAGAGAGGAAGAAAACCAGAAACAGAAGGAAGAGGAACAGGAGGAAGCUGGGAAGAAUGUAGAGGGUGAGAGAAGGGACAAAGUAGAAGAGGGGAACCUGAAAUGUUCAAAUAAGCAUUGUCCUCAACCCGGCGAAGACGGAGUGGUGAGGGACCGAGGUAGGAAGGAUUCUGCAAAUACACUGAGCUCAGUGGAUGAAAGGGAAAUGAAGACAGGAAAGCAAAAUCCAGUGGCUGACAAAAAUCAAAUAUUAGCAGACAGGACAGGAAUGAGUCAGACUGUAUCACCUAAGGACAUGGAGGGAGAAGAGGAUAGAAAACAGGAGGAAGAAAAAAGAAAUGACAAUGCUGAGGCUGAUAAAGCGGAAGAAGGUGAGAAGAGAAACAGAGAAUCAAAUAUAAGAGGGAACGAAGACAUCGAAAGCAACAAUGCUGACGGCAUCUCUGAUCUUAUGGGAGUUAACCAGAAAGAGAUAAGUGAUUACACAGACAAUAAUCUGCGAUAUUCAGGUGAGAAGAAAGAAGGUGAUCAACUGCAUUCCAGUGAGGUGAAAAACAGUAACCUUUCUGAUGACAGCUUGCUCAGUCAGGGACAUAAAACCAAGCCUGCAGACACUGAAACUAGCGGCAAUGAGAUUUCCAUUGAAAAGGAAACGAAGCAAAUUCUCCCUGAUCAUAAGACAGACACACAGGGGGACACUGACAGGGAAGAGAGGAACAUGAACAUGGAACACGAUGAUGUGAGAGUGAACGAGGAUGUCGAUAUGCAGAAAAAAAGUCAUGUUAAUACAGUCGGUGAUGAAUUCAGGGCCGAGGGAGGAAUUGAAAUUUCAGUUUCAGGUAUUGACCGUGUUGAGAGUCAGACUAUCGUAUCUGAACAAACUGUUCCACACAUGUCUCGACAUCCAGCUGGUUCUUCAUUUCUGUCUGAUGAUCACGAUGAAGGCACUGCAGAGACUGAAAGCAGUGGAGCAUUUGGCAGUUUCAAUAACGUCCUUGACUUUUUCAGCCAAACACGAUCCACAGAAUCUGAAGCAAGCUUGGAUUCUCACACAGGUGAGACGAUCAAGACACAAGGCUCUCUGACUCCUGAACCAGAACCAGAUUCAGCUCAUAUUCAAGAUUUAUACACAGAGGCUCCCAUCGCCCUGUCACAACAGCAGGUGCAGCCUUCUCCUCCUCCCUUUAUCCUGACACCAUCUCUGUCUCCGACACACACCCAUUCCCACCCCAGUUCUCUGUCUCCAAACACAGUGAGCCCCCUCCAAACAAAAACCCUCUUCAAACACUACAAGAGCCUCCUCGCCUACAUGAGCGUGGAUGAGAUGACUGUUUUGAUGGAACUGUUCGGGACACACAAGCUGCAGUUCUUGGAUUACAUUGUAGGAAGCUCAGAAACCAUGACUGAUGAUCCUGAUAAUGAUGAAUCUAUAUUGCUGGAUAUAGAAAGACUUCUUCAUUAUCACAGGGAGACAAUAAUGGCUUCUAGCAUGAGGCUCACAGAUCCACCUCAGGAGGACAAAGAAAAGACCAGAAUGCUCGUCGCACUUCAGAAACUAGAAAUGCUGCUGGCAAGAGUGCGGCAGGUUCUCGACACAGGAAAAUCUGACAUCAGUAAUACAAACCAUCAAGCUGAGGCCAGCUGUGCAGAUGAAUACUGUUCAACUCACAGCAGAGAUAAGGAAAUGGCCACUGAGGAAGAGUCACAUAAGACCGGAGAGUCCUCUGUACCUCUGGAUAAUAACACUCCAAGAGAUGAAUGGAUGGGAGUGGAUCAAGACAAACAUGGACAACUGAAUGGUGGCACAGGAAAACAGAGGGAAACUGAGGAUGUGGAAAGAGGAGAGAAGAGAAAAAGAAGUGAAGGAAAGAGAGUGUCCACUGAGUUCCAUCCUCACGCUGAGCCAGGACCAGCACAGCCACUGGAAGGGCUAACGAAGCAAAUCCUGGACUUUGUUCAUCAUAUCGCUGAAGACUCAACCACUCAUGUUCAUGCAGUGUGGGAGCUCCUCAUUUGGCUAACUGUACAGGUUGUAUCGUCCCUGCCUGAUGACAUCAGACCCGGGCCAGAUCUGUAUGGGGUUCCAUGGGAACCAGUCAUCGUAUCCAGUCUGGUGGGGCUGAUGACAGUGCUGUUAUUUACCUGUAGAUGUUACAGAUCUGUCAAAAGCAGAAUGUAUCGAAGUAAAGAGCAGUGGAUGGCUGAGCAGGUUGCACAGCUGCUGGAUGAAAAGUGUAAAGUCCUUGAGACUCUCAGCAAAUGUCAGCAAGAGUAUGAUGACCUGGAGAGCUCAUUGCGGGACAGUGGUGUGUUGGCACAAACCCAAAAGACAGAACAGCUGGAGGGGGAAAUCACACAGAUGGAACAUGCUAAACGGGAGCUGGAGAUGGAUCUUGACCAACUGAAGGAUCAACUGGACCUGCAGAGAGAACAUAGGAGAGAGCAAGAAAGGAGAAUAGCAGUGCUUGAAGAGAACAUGAAAACAUUUGAAGAAGAAGCCAAAGACCUGCAGUCACAGGACGAGCAGGCGCAAACCACUCUGAAAGUGUACAAUAUGAACAGUGACAGGCUACAGAGGAAUCUUGAAACAGCUUUAGAGGAGAAGACGCUACUACAGGGGAGCAAUGCUCAGUUGAGGCAGCAGGUGGAGGGAUGGGCGGAACGAGUGAGUGAAUUGGACGCAGAAAUGAGCAGGUGUGAGGUCACCCACAGCGCAAUGCUGCAGGGUGUGGCCAACAAGGAUGAGCGUAUAAUGUCCUUGACAGACCGACUGCUGAAGAUGAAAGCUUGGGAUUCAGAACUGGAGGAACAGGAAGGUGAAGAAGGGGGAGAGAAGGAGGCAUCCAAUGGCACAGCAGGGAACGGAGAGGAGAAUGGAAGAGGAGACAAAUUGGAAAGUCAUCUUCAGAAAGUCCAGAAACUUAUCUAUGCUGCUAAGCUAAAUGCAGACCUCAAAUCAGUAGAUGAAGACAAGGACAGAGUGUUUGCCAAACUGAAUGAUGAAGUCAGAGCUAAAGAAGACUUGCUUGAUGGCAUUAAGGAGCUGGAGAAUGAGAAAUUAUCUCUACAGUCGGACACUGAGCACUACUCAGAUCAGGUCCAAAGAUUACAACAGAAACUCCACAUUAUGACAGAAAUGUACCAAGAGAAUGAGCUCAAGCUACACAGGCUGUUGACAGUGGAGGAGAAGGAGCGUCUGCAGAAAGAGGAAAAGUUAAAUAAAGCAGACAAAAACAUUGCAUUAGCCAUGGAAGAACUCAACAACUAUAGACAACGAGCAGCGGAGAUGGAGGAAGAGCUGGAGAAAACCAAACAGUCUUACCAGACUCAAAUGUCAGCACAUGAGAAAAAGGCUCACAAUAACUGGCUGGCUGCCCGAGCAGCAGACAGAGAGCUAGCAGACAUCAGGAGAGAGAACGCCCUCUUGAGACAGAAGCUGACAGACACACAGUUUAAACUAGACGCCCUUGACAAAGAUCCCUACGCCUUGGACAGCCUGGCUAGACCACUGCCUUUCAGAGCUGAAAGGUCACCAUACGGUCCAUCUCCUCUGGGUCGACCUGCAUCUGAAACCAGAGCUUUUCUGUCUCCUCCUACAUUAAUGGAUGGACCACCUCCCAGACUGUCUCCUAGAGUUCCUCGUGGUCCAAUGGAGCCCCCAGGUGGCCAAGGAGAGAUGGAGCGGAGUGGAGGUCCUCAUUCAGACAGUGGCUCAAUCUCUCCUACAUGGGAGAGAGAUCGCAGGGGACCUCCACCAGGACCCCCCGGGCCCCUAGGACCUCCAGGUUAUAUGUUUCCAGAACCUGGUGGUCCAAUGUACAGGAGACCUCCACCUCCUCUAGGAGCUCUGGGCUUUUUGCCUCCCCCUGGCUCCCUCCCACCAGGCCCUCCUCAUCCAAGGAGUCUCCUCUCAGGACCCCCUCACCCUGCAGACAUGGCAGAUGGCCCAUACAGAGAAAACAGCUUUGGGCCUGGUGAACAGGAGCACAGAGAGCCUGGUCCUGGUGAUCGAAGGACUCCCCCUGAAGCUGAUCCAAGGAUGGGGGGCGCACCACCUCCUGGACCCCCGAUGGGCCCCAUGGACGGUUCCUUUCCUCGCAGAGUCCCUUAUGGUCCUCCACCUCCUGAUUUCUACCCCACCAGAGGACCUGGAGGCCCCCCCAUCAUGCCUAUGUGGGCCCCUCCACCGCCAGGGGUGAUGCUCCCUCCUCGUUUCCCUCCCGGUGGACCUCCUCUUCCUCCUGCUGCUCAUUCUCACCACGUUCCCCCCAUGCGACCCCCUCUCCCUGAUGGCCUGCCACCUCCUUCCAUGGAUCCUCUCCCUCCUCAGCAGUCCCUGUCCUCCCCACCACACGGCCAGCUGCCAGAGGAGCACGCACCCUUGCCCGAAGAUGCCAUUUGAUCCUGACUGGGUUUUCUUGAGCUGUGAGACAUUCACGUAGCUGGAUGGUUGGCCGACUGUUUUACAUCCUUAUAUCUACAUCUGCUUAUUAAUCAGGAGGAUGUUAUUUAAUGAAGAAUGGGGAAACCGUCAGCCGUCAUUAAUUCAGUUUAUUGAUGUCCAUCUGCCUUUUCUUCCUCUAUUCAGAUCCUCUCUUUCCUUGUUCUUUUGCCCUGUAACUUGUCUUUUUUUCUUUCUUACGGUUUCGCUCUGCUGCUUCGUCAUCCACCUACAUUCCCUGUGAAGUAGGCCCUGUUGUGUGUGGUUUCACAGACAGGAACACAGCAGCUUAACCUGUACAUCGGUGUGUGGGAAUGUUUCCACAUGAACCAAAAGCAGUCACUUGUUUGCUUGAUGAUGCCAGAAAGGGUUUUAGUGGAACUUCGGCUGACAUGAGUGCAUGUAGAAAUGCUAUAUGUGUGAGAGUAGGGCAUGUUUUACGUACGGCAUCGGUCAAAAUUUCACCUCAGUGGCACAGAAAGAGAAAUCCAAAUUAGUGCUAUUAGCUAUCAGGGAAGAAAUUUUAAACCUAAUACAAAAUAUUUUGUCGUAGCAACACUCUAUCACCAUAAUUUUAGAAACAUAGCCAUUCAGUAUCUACCUUCUUGUUCACCU